AUGGAUUACACAGUUUCCCUCCAAGUGCAACAUCAGCUGGCGGUGUUCCCGACACACCUCUAUCAGGGCUACAGUGUGGAGUUACAGAUGAAGUCAACAGAAGUGGACCAAAGGCUUCUCACAGACAGCUACUGCAAAGUGUGCAGUGCUCAGCUCAUCUCCGAAUCCCAGAGGGUUGCCCAUUAUGAGAGUCGGAAACAUGCCAACAAAGUGCGGCUGUAUUACAUGCUACAUCCUGUGGAUGGAGGCUGCCCUGCAAAGAAGCUCAGAACAGACAAUGGCAGCGACAAAGGCGACGUGGACAAGAAUAAGUGCUGCACCCUGUGUAACAUGUCAUUCACCUCAGCAGUGGUGGCACAGUCGCACUACCAGGGUAAAAUCCACACCAAGAGGCUAAAACUGCUAAUGGGGGAGCAGCCUGACAUCACAAACAAAGAGGCAUCCCCCAGUCCUGUAAAGAGCUCUCCAGAAACGUCUCCUAUGACCACCCUGCGACAGCGCAGCGACUCAGACCGCUACUGCCAGCUAUGCAACGCUUGGUUCAACAACCCUGGCAUGGCUCAGCAACAUUAUGAUGGCAAAAAGCAUAAGAAAAAUGCUGCUAGAGCAGACCUGCUGGAGCAGUUGGGGAAAACCCUGGACAUGGGAGAGAUGAAAGGUCUGAAACGGAGCUAUACUUGUGAAGUCUGCAGCGUCACACUGAACUCGGUGGCACAGUACCAUGCACAUCUGCAGGGCUCUAAGCACCAAAACAAGUUGAAGCCAGCACCAAAGCCGGAUCUGGGUGUGUCCGUGGUUGGUUGGUCGCUGCCAGGGGUCCGACUGGGGUAUGAGCUGAAAAACUCUCUGGCAGUGAAUGUGUCCUGGGCCACAAUGAAUAACUGCCUCAAAAAACAUUCUUCUUGGAUCCGCUGGGCCUCACUGCGCUCCUCAUUUGAAAAGAUAGGCCAAGAUUUGAAGUCUCUGACGGUUUACUCCAAACAGCAGUUCGGCCUUGUUGGAGACCAUUCUGUAAAUGGGGACUCCAUGUGGGUAAUGAUGGAGAAACCUGGACGGAGGUGA